GUAUACGGAGGUCCCACGGGUCGGUAUACGGAGGUCCCACGGGUCGGUAUACGGAGGUACCAGUCGGGUCGUAUACGGAGAUACAGUCGGGGUAUACGGAGGUCCCACGGGUCGGUAUACAGGAGGUCCCACGGGUAUAUACGGAGAUCCACGGGUCGGUAUACGGAGGUCCCACGGGUCGGUAUACGGAGAUACAGUCCGGGAGUAUACGGAGGUCCCACGGGUCGGUAUACGGAGGUCCCACGGGUCGGUAUACGGAGAUACAGUCCGGGAGUAUACGGAGAUACAGUCCGGGAGUAUACGGAGGUCCCACGGGUCGGUAUACGGAGGUCCCACGGGUCGGUAUACGGAGGUCCCACGGGUCGGUAUACGGAGAUACAGUCC